AUGUCACUCAAUUUUGCAAGGUUUAGACAGGAGAUCUCUUCCCUUGGAGAAGUCCCGCCAGAGCAUUCUCUCGCUCCGAGUGUCGCUGAACUCUUAACAGUUAACUCUCUCCACUGAAACGACGCCGUGAAAUGCCUCUUUCCCCUCCUGGAAGAUGGAGAACCUGCAUCUUUGCUUCAAUGGCCCCGCUACUGCAAGCCCGAAGCUUCAGAUCAGACGCAGCGUUAGAAGCUCUGGCCAAAGCCUCUCAAGACAAAGUCCCCAACUUGCUUCUCUACAACUACCCCUCAUUCUCUGGAGCUUUCUCCGCCCUCUUCGCUCACCUCUUUCACUCUCGCCUCAACCUCCCUUGUCUCUCUCUGCCUUUCUCUUCCGUCGAACCCUUCAGGGUUGAUGAUUUGUGUAUUGAAGGGCUGGAGAGAUGCUAUCUUUUUGAUUUUCUUGGCCCAAAGGGAUUUGCAGUUGAGUUUGCGCGAAGAGCUUUGUGCGAGGUAAUUUCCUUUGAUCAUCGGAGAAGGGUACUUCCACAGAUACCCUCCGAUGAAGAUUGUCCAAAGAACCUCACAUUUCAUGUGAAUCUUGAAAAGAGUAGCUCUACUGCUGUGUAUGACUACUUCUCCACUAUACUGGCCGGCAGUGAGUAUCAUAAUGGAAUGGAUGUAAGUUUAUUAGAACCCGAGGACAGAGAUCGUGUAGAAAUGGUACUUAAGUACAUCGAGGAUGGCGAUCUUCGGCGGUGGAGCUUACCGGAUAUUAAGGCGUUUAAUAUUGGACUUAGUGAAUGGCGCUCCAAGUUGAAUUGUGUUACUAAUCCAUACAUGUAUGAACAGUUACUGGAUAUAAGUGCUGUGGAUGCUAUCGCUAAGGGAAGCGCUUAUAAUUCUAUUCGCCAGAAAGCUGCAAAUAAGUUACUGGAUAAUGUUUUGAAAGUAAGGUUGGGGAGAGGAUUUUAUGGGGAGUGUCUGGGAGUUCGAGCUCACGUGAAUUCUGAGCUAAGUGAUGAAAUCGGCAAGCAGCUUAGUGUAAAAAGUGCUGCUGCUGGUCUACGGCCUAUAGGAGCUGUUAUAUUCAUGCAGCGGAAAAACCUAAAAAUGUGCUUAAGGAGUUCUGAUAGUUCCACUGAUACCUCUGAAGUUGCGAAGGCAUAUGGAGGAGGAGGCUUGCCAAGUUCUAGUUCCUUUAUUAUAAGGAUGGACGAGUACAAUCAGUGGAUCUCGGAAAAUUCAAGAUGAACAUGUCAAGGUGUGAAACACAAUUGUUAAUCCACAAAGUUGUUGAAUUACCUGACCAUCUCUUUCUCUGACAUUUCUAUUUGUGCUAUAAAUACUGAGAUUACAUUCAAGUAUUCUUCCUGUUUCAUUUCAUAUUGGCAAUUUGAUAUUUGCAUGCACCCACUUUUGAAAAUAAUCACAUAAAUGUAUUUUAACUCUGCCAA